AAUGAAUAGCCCGACGUUGCGUCGCCACCUCACACCAUCGUCACAGUGCUGUCACAGAAACGAAAAUAUUUUUAUAGUUUUUAUAUUUUUUUUAGUAUAAUUAAAGUAGUAUAUUUGAGAUUCUUGGCUAAAAAAAGAGUCGGAAAAAGCCCUUCGUUAAAAGUUAAUGAUUUCUGGUGAAGUUAUUCUUAGCUGUGCCGCGUCGCGUAAUAGGGGGUGAGCAGACCUGAGCAGACCUGAGCCGAGGGUGAGCCUGGCCUAAGCCGAGCCUGAGCAAGGGCGGCGCUGCUCACGUGAGACAGAGGAUUGGGAAGAGCAAACAUUCCGGUGGGGGAACAGAUGAUACUAGACAUUGAGAACGUCUUGAACGGUAACAUGAGACUCAUGACAACAAAGAAGGGUUCUUUGAGCUGGGCUCAUCUUAGGGCACAGAAGGGUGAUCAAAUAUUCGUCUUACAUGGUUGCAGCAUGCCAGUUGUCCUUCGUCCAGCUUCAAAUUCCAACCCUCGCAUCUACACACUUGUGGGGGAUGCCUUCCUUGAAAACAUGGCGACAUCUAUUUCAGGGUCAUCCUUACGACAGUCUCUGGAGGACUUCGACUUUGCACGAUUCGAAACGAGGACAGUAAUAAGAGAGACCGUCCGGCAGAUAGAGCUCGCUGAUAGUGACCUCAUUUCCGAGAACAUACUUCCGAGGGGCACUAUUGUUUGGGAUUCUCUUCCACCACUGAAUUUGAUCUUACAUCCUUCCCACGCGGCUAGAUCAGAAUGGGACUAUUUGGAGAUAUGUUGAGGAUUCAUUUGGAAAUACCAGAGCAGACAUCGAGACUAAAGAACUUGGUAUGAUCUAAACAUUUUCAUGCAUUGCCUAACAAUGUCCAAUUCUCCUUCAAUGUUCUUUGCAUUGGUCGAGCUUAGUAGUUGUGCAUUGAUUCAAGAGGUCUUAAUUUAGAAACCUUCCUUGGGCGGGAGUAGGAGGUAAUGCUGUUCUAGCGUUCGCUCCAAAGCAACAUUGAGUGUUUUCAUUCUCCGAAUCUAUAAUAUAUAAG